AUGAAGCGAGCGGCGGAUGGGCCGUCGUCCGUGCCGGGGGAUGCUAAGCGGGCGCGACAUGCCCAUGCCAUGGUGGUAGUGCCGCCGCGCCCGAUCAGCACGCAUUUAGACAUCGAUGAGCUAAUAGCGGCGCGCAAGUCGGAUAUUCUCGCGCUGCAUCGCGCGAUGAAUCAGGCGCGUGCAGCGACCAACACGCGCGCCUGGCAGCUCUUGCCGCGGCACCUGCGCCGCCGAGCGGCGUCGCACAAUGUGCUGCGUCUGCCUCGUCGACUACGCAACAAGGCGCGCGCCGAGCUGCGGGCAUCGAAUACGGCGGCGAUGACCCGCAGCGAAAUGCGCCGACGCAUGCCAGAACGCACGCUUCAUGCGUACGUCCGCCGACGUGCGUCAUUGAAGGCGCGCGCAGCUCGCGCUGGCCGACGUUGGCUGGAAACGCACCUGUGGCAUGCCAAGCGCUUCCGCAUGAGUGGCGAAAAAGGCACGUCGGAUGGUGGAGCUGGCCGCUUUGGCUUUUGCCUAGCGGAGUCGCCGCACCACAAGAGCUUCCGAACGACGUGGCGCCAAACCGCCCAGGCGACCGUGCAUGACGCUAGCUAUACCAGUGUGUAUUACGUGUGUGCGAGAGCGCGCCGCGUCGCGGAUGCGACGUCGCGGCUCCAGCUCUUUCUAGCUAGGGCCGGUGCCGAGCAUGGGUGGGAGACGUCGUGGACCAGCGGCGCCCAGCUGUGCCACACGAUCCUUCUGGCGAAGCAGGCCAUCUGUCCCGUCCAGGUGCUGUGGAUUCCGCGCGUCGUCGGCCGCACGCGCCGUGCAUGCCUUCUCUUCGUGCAUCCUGCUGCGUCGAAGGACGUGCGCCGUGCGCUCCAAAAGGCGCAUGAUGCACUGCAGUGCCGACGAACUGGUCCGAUUCCGCAGCGCUGGGACAGGCACGUCGACAUCCAGGCGCACCAAGUCGACAUGGCACCGUCGCCCGCCGUAGCUGCGGGCGUGUGGCACAGCGAUGCCUCGCAGCGCCCACCGGCCACGCCCCACGCGCGAGGCACGACGCUGGCCACGACCGAUGGCUGGAAUAUAUUCGACCUCAUGGGCCACCGGUCUGCUCAUAUCUUGCGCCGUGUCCUGCACCCAGCCGAGUCGGCCGUGCCCGCACAGAGCGCCAUGCUGCGAGCGGCGCUCGAGUCGCCUACGCUGCUGCCCCCUCACACUGUCUUGACAUGCGAUGUGACAGAUCCCCGCUUGGAUGCGCCAAAUGUGCCGCCUGCGCCUCCCAUCGCCUCGCUCUGUGACGACGAUGUGCCGCGCUACACGGAUGCGCGCUUCUUCUCCUGCAGGCACGCCCUGCCUGCUACGACGGCCUCGAUCGAUCGCCGCCGCGCGCGUGGUGACACUCGGGCUCACGGCACCCAAGAUACCCUGACUAUGAUGCUUAUACAGCGAAGCAUCGAGCCGUCGCCCGGCCCAGGGCACAUGUUUGGCUACACGCUCCUGGUGCCGCGCGGAUGGGGCGCGAUAUACUUGCACGCGCUUGCCAGAGCCAGUGCGCUGGUCGUAGGACAGGAGCAGCUGCGUGAGCUGUACCUGAAUUUGGGCCUCCCGCUGUUUCCGUACGACUGGGUCGGACACCCUGCGUACAUGGCCCUGGCAGAGGCGGGUCGCGCUCGCCGCGCGGCACAGUGGCACGCGCGUCCGCCAGCGAAGCGCGUCCGCCUCGACGACGAGGGCCUCGCCUAUGCGUUUGGGGGCGCGGCGCUGUGGACCACGUUGGGCCGUGCCGAGCCCACGAGGCCGGUGAUUCUGCCAGCCCCCACACGGAUCCCGCGCUCGCCGCGGAUCCGGCCGAUGGUGCUUGUCCUGCUCGUCGCAUGCCGCCGAGGCGCGUUUGAUGAGAAUGCUACGAUGCAUGUGCCGGAGGCAGACCUGCUGCCGCAGUGGCGCGCGGCGUUGGAUCCGCCGACAUCGCGAAAAACCAUCGCGCGGCAAGAGCUACAGACACUGGAGGCCACGCCAGUCGCGCGCAGCUCGGCUGUCGGUGCCGUCACGACGGGACACUACGCACUCGCAACAGGUCAUGGCCGUGCGAUCGGCGCCAUGGACCUGGAGGCAUGGCUCGAGCUCGAGCGGCGACGCGUGCCGCCGCCGCCACCCACAUGGGGCCGUUGGAAACGCAAUCGCGUGCCGCUCGAGCGGCUCGUGCUUGUCCGCCCCGCCAUGACAGAGACGCCUGUGCGGGCGGCUAGUGUGUCUUUGGUGCGGCUGUGA